UUUCUUGUAAUUCACUUUUAGAAUUUAAAAAUCAUUUAACAAUGGUAGAUAGAUACAUAUUAUCAAGAUUGUCUGAUACAGUAACAAAGUGCCAACUGGGAUUUGAAAAGUUUGAAUUAUUUGAAGUUACAAAGGCAGUAAAGGAUUUCAUUGUUGAAGAUUUAUGCAAGAUUUAUUUAGAAUUUAUUAAGCCUAUUUUAUAUGAGAAUUCGGGUAAUAUUGACACAAAGCAAAUAACUUUAAAAGUAUUGGAAACUUGUUUGGAUACUUCACUUAGACUGUUACAUCCUUUUAUGCCGUUUAUAACAGAGGAGUUAUGGCAGAGUCUUGUUGAAAGAUGUGAUGAGAGUAUUAAGUUGGGAAUCCCAGAAUCGAUAAUGGUAUCAAGAUAUCCGAAAAUUGCAGAUUUUAAAAAUCAGAAGGACCAUAUUAUUGAGGAUGAUAUGAAAACAGUAUUAAGCGUAAUCCAUGCAGCAAGAUCACUUCGCCAAAGAAAUAACAUAUCACUUGGAAUACAAUUACCAUUUAUCAUAUGGUCGGAUGACAGAGAUUUAUUAGAUGAUCAAGGACCAAUUAAGAAAUAUUUUCAAGAUAUAAAAAAGUUUAUUAAAGCUUCCGAAAUCCGAGUUAUUGAUAACAGUCUUCAAAAAGAAUAUAUAAAAUCUCUUCUGAUGGAUUCGGCGGUAAAACUUAUUUCUGAAAAUUUAAAAAUUUAUAUUCCAAUGAGUUCAAUCUUAGAAAUUCAAAAAAGUACUGUUGAUGUCAAAGAUUCGGGUAAGGAUUAG